UCGUUUACAGACAGAGACAGAGACAGAGAGGCACUUUACUAAAUACAGGCUGAGGGCUGGUACAAAUUGAGUCUUUCAGGCCUGGAAAUGAGGACGCCUCGUUCCAAUGAGUGAGGCAUCUUGUAAACUUGGCGAAGGUUUCAAACUGCCCCUAAAUCAGCGGGGGCAAGGGGGCGGAAAGUGACCCCCCCACCCCUCCACCAAGAAAUCCCCAUGUAACAGUUGGGGAAAGAGUUUCAGCAAAGCUGUUUCCUCCCCUCCCCUGCAAUUUCGACGGAAAGAAGCAUUGAAGGGACAAUUCUCGCUUCUUCUUCUCUCUCCUCCUCCACCUUCCUCUCCACUCCCCCCUCCCCCCUCCCCCUCCACCCACCCCCCUAGAAUGACGUCUGGGGUAAAUCUGAAAUCGAACCCGGCUUUGGUGCCCCGAGUCGAGGAGCGAAGACGCCGCAGUCCCCUGGAUCAUUUCCCCCCUCCGGCCAACUCCAACAAACCGCUGACCCCCUUCAGCAUCGAGGAUAUCCUGAACAAGCCGUCGGUGAAAAAAACAUCCCAUCUCUGUUCCGCCAACCAUCCGGGCGGCCCCGAGAAGGUAUCGGGUCCCGCGGUGGUCAGGAACGGGCUGCUCUCUGAAGCCUCGCCUCUCUGCGCGCUGGAAGAACUUGCCAGUAAAACUUUCAAAGGCCUGGAAUUGAGUGUGAUACAAGCGGCCGAAGGCCGGGAUCAUGUCACCACGUUUGGUCAGAGGCAGCCCUCCAAGAAGAGACGGAAGUCCCGCACUGCCUUCACCAACCACCAGAUUUACGAGCUGGAGAAGAGGUUCCUCUAUCAGAAGUACUUGUCCCCUGCCGACAGGGAUCAAAUUGCCCAACAGCUGGGCCUGACCAACGCCCAGGUGAUAACCUGGUUCCAGAACCGGCGGGCCAAGCUCAAGCGGGACUUGGAGGAGAUGAAAGCCGACGUGGAGUCCCUGAAGAAGCUGCCGCCCCAGCAGCUGGAGAGACUGGUUCACAUGGAGGUAUUCCCGGAGGACGGGGCCGGCUCCAAGUGCGACACCACGGACCUCUCUCCCAAACCGUCCCCGGCGCCUGGGCUCGGGCCCUUCCCCAGUUCGCCGCAGUGCUCCUCCAGGGAUCAGACUACGGACGAGUUCUCUGAAGACGAGGAAAUUGAGGUGGACGAUUGACUUGAGAUGAAGCCAAAACUAUAUUUGAGUAUCUUUA